UUUACAUCAGUCUCCUCCGGUAUCCAAAACCCUAACCUUGGAUCCAAACCUUCGUGUCUCCGUUGGAUACAAUCGAACUGAAUCGACGGUGAUUGUGUGCUGUUAUUGAACGGUGGAACUAUGGCGGCGACUAUGGUGAGUUCCGCUGGCGGUCUCUUGGCGAUGCUUAACGAGCCGCAUCCGUCUCUCAAGCUUCAUGCUCUCUCCAAUCUUAACGCCUUUGUUGACUACUUCUGGCCUGAGAUCUCAACUAGCGUUCCAAUCAUAGAGAGUUUAUACGAAGAUGAAGAGUUUGAUCAAAGACAGUUGGCUGCUUUACUUGUAUCGAAGGUAUUCUAUUACUUGGGAGAGCUUAAUGACUCGUUAUCAUAUGCCCUUGGAGCUGGCAGUUUAUUUGACGUUUCUGAGGAUUCAGAUUAUGUUCAUACUCUUCUAGCCAAAGCUAUUGAUGAGUAUGCAACUCUGAAGACCAAGGCAGCAGAAUCAAAGGAAGAAUCUUCAGAUGUGGACCCUAGGCUGGAAGCAAUAGUUGAGAGAAUGCUUGAUAAGUGCAUAACUGAUGGGAAGUAUCAACAAGCGAUAGGAAUGGCCAUUGAAUGCCGAAGGUUGGAUAAGCUUAAGGAAGCAAUUACAAAUAGUGAUAAUGUUCAUGCAACUCUGUCGUAUUGCAUGAAUGUAUCUCAUGCUUUUGUCAACCGGAGAGAAUAUCGGCGUGAGGUACUUCUUCUUCUUGUCAAAGUAUAUCAGGAUCUGGCGUCCCCAGAUUACUUGAAUAUUUGCCAGUGCCUUAUGUUUUUGGAUCAACCUGAGGGUGUUGCUAAGAUAUUAGAAAAACUUCUACGAUCUGAAAACAAGGAUGAUGCAAUGAUGGCAUUUCAAAUUGCUUUUGAUCUCAUUGAGAAUGAGCACCAAGCUUUUCUAUUGAGUGUGAGAGAUCGGCUGUCAAGUCCCAAGUUGAAACCUGAACAGCCAACUGCCAUCGAGACAGAUACUGCUCAAAGUGGAAAUCCAUCUGUGUCAGAAGACACUCAAAUGGCUGAUGAAACCCAAGCGCCUACUGCUAAUGUGCCUGAAACUGAUCCAUCUGAAGUCACCUAUGCUGAGAGGUUGACAAAAAUGAAGGGAAUUUUGUCUGGGGAAACUUCAAUACAGUUGACUCUCCAGUUUUUAUACAGUCAUAACAAGUCGGAUCUACUUAUUCUUAAGACGAUAAAACAAUCAAUUGAGAUGAGAAACAGCGUUUGCCACAGUGCAACUAUAUACGCAAAUGCACUUAUGCAUGCUGGAACUACCGUGGAUACGUUUUUAAGGGAUAAUCUGGAUUGGCUGAGCAGAGCCACAAACUGGGCUAAAUUCAGUGCAACAGCCGGGUUAGGUGUUAUACACCGAGGCCACCUGCAGCAGGGAAGAUCACUGAUGGCUCCGUACCUUCCUCAGAGCGGGUCCGGUGGUGGUGGUAGUCCCUAUUCUGAAGGUGGUGCCCUCUAUGCUUUGGGAUUAAUUCACGCAAACCAUGGAGAAGGCAUUAAACAGUUUUUACGUGAGAGUCUACGCAGUACAAAUGUUGAGGUUGUUCAGCAUGGUGCUUGCUUAGGUCUAGGCUUGGCCGCUUUAGGGACUGCCGAUGAAGAUAUUUAUGAUGAGAUAAAGAGCGUCCUCUAUACCGACAGUGCUGUUGCAGGUGAAGCUGCUGGUAUUAGCAUGGGUUUAUUAAUGGUUGGAACUGCAAGUGAGAAGGCAGCAGAGAUGUUGGUGUAUGCCCAUGAGACACAACAUGAAAAGAUCAUAAGAGGGUUAGCAUUAGGUAUUGCACUCACGGUUUAUGGACGAGAAGAAGAAGCAGACACCCUAAUUGAACAAAUGACUCGUGAUCAAGAUCCCAUACUACGUUAUGGGGGUAUGUAUGCAUUGGCAUUGGCAUACAGCGGAACCGCAAAUAAUAAGGCAAUCCGCCAACUACUGCAUUUUGCUGUAUCUGAUGUGAGUGAUGAUGUCAGACGGACUGCUGUUUUAGCCCUCGGGUUUGUCCUGUAUUCUGAGCCAGAACAGACACCACGUAUUGUCUCCCUGCUGUCUGAGUCCUACAACCCGCAUGUACGCUAUGGAGCAGCCAUGGCUGUUGGCAUUUCGUGUGCUGGUACUGGCCUAAGUGAGGCCAUAUCUUUGUUAGAACCUCUAACAUCAGACGUAGUUGAUUUUGUCCGUCAAGGUGCUCUCAUUGCAAUGGCUAUGGUGAUGAUCCAAAUCAGCGAAGCUAGUGACUCUCGUGUAGGGGCAUUCAGACGGCAAUUGGAAAAGAUUAUUCUGGAUAAACAUGAAGACACAAUGAGCAAGAUGGGUGCUAUUCUGGCUUCCGGGAUUCUCGAUGCAGGAGGCAGAAAUGUUACCAUUAAGCUGCUUUCCAAGACUAAGCAUGACAAAAUUACUGCAGUUGUUGGCCUUGCGGUUUUCAGCCAAUUUUGGUACUGGUAUCCACUCAUAUACUUCAUUAGCUUAGCUUUCUCCCCCACAGCUUUAAUUGGACUGAACUAUGACUUGAAAGUACCAAGAUUUGAAUUCUUAUCUCAUGCCAAACCAUCAUUGUUUGAGUACCCUCGGCCCACGACCGUACCCACCGCCACAUCAGCUGUGAAACUCCCGACUGCUGUUUUGUCCACAUCAGCAAGAGCCAAGGCUAGAGCCAAUAAGAAGGAGGCUGAAAAAGCUAAUGCUGAAAAGUUAUCUGGUGCUGACUCAUCUGCUGCCUCGGGUUCUGGCAAGGGGAAAUCUUCUGGUGAAAAGGACGCAGACUCGAUGCAGGUUGAUAGUCCUGCUGCCGAUAAGGAGAAGAAGGCCGAACCUGAACCAACUUUCGAGAUUUUGACCAACCCUGCAAGGGUGGUCCCCGGUCAAGAGAAAUUUAUUAAGUUCUUAGAAGACAGUAGAUAUGCUCCGGUGAAGGCAGCUGCAUCCGGUUUCGUUCUCUUGAAAGACCUUCGCCCAACCGAACCAGAAGUAUUGGCUCUGACCGAUGCACCCACAUCAACAACAUCAGCGGCUACAGCCACAGCAGCAGCAACUGCACAACCAGGGUCAACUGCAGCCAUGGCGGUGGAUGACGAACCUCAGCCACCCCAACCCUUUGAAUACAGCACAUGAUCACAUCUCGGUUUGCUUUAUUUUAUCUGACUUCCUGCCUGCAAGUUGUUGGUGUGAUAUUUGCAUCCGUUGAGCUGAUACACGGGAUUUAAGUCCGAUCUGAUUGGCUACAUUUCAGGGAUUAAUGAAUCAGAAACUGAUCGAUGUAAUUCUUAAGAGCGGUCGAUGUAUAAUGUGGUGAGGUCGGACAAGGACUUAGUGUGUUUGUUUAGUUUUAUAACGACUGUUUAUUUCCUGGUAGAGUCUAAAAUCACUUAGUUUUGUACUUUUGUCAAAAUGACCAACCAACUUGAUCAAUUUUAUUGAAGUAUGAUGCUCUUUGCA